AUGCUCAAGUUCAUUGACAAGGUUGUUAUUGGUUUCGCUCCAUUGAGUCCAGUAUCUACUUCUGCCAGGACACUGGCAAGUAUUUUGAGAACUGACAGAAACCUAGCACGCAAUCCUAAAUGUGUAUUUGAUAUUAUUACUUCAGACAAGACUCCUCGUCCAUUUAUUCAAGUCACCUAUGCCGACAAACAGACCAUAAGACUAGAUACAUCCAAGCUGACUGCAAACGAGGUGCUGGACGACAUCAGAAAACACUCCAGACGGUUGCAAAUGAGCGAGGACAUCAAGUCGUCUGUUUAA